UACAACCCAAAUUUCACUCUCAAUCUACGCGAUCCUUCCGUACCGCACCUUUUCAGCAGUAUCAUUUGUUAGACUGAAUCCCCGACUUCCGCAGCAAGCACUCCUCGAUCCGCAGCAGCUCGCGAUCACAGUCCGCAUCCUGAUCAAAAUGCUUAUUUGCUUUCAAGAUACUGAUGCUGAUGCAGAGAAAAAAUGCGCGUCCGAUUUUACAAAUAGGAACACAUUAAAGGAAGUGAGCCCACCUCUUCGAAACAUCCGUCAGAUGCAUGCCGAUGGAUCCCUUCACAGACUUCAUUUUUAGACGUCUCUGUACACCCCCAUACUCUAAUUAAUGCUGUGAUUUGUGGAAAUAAUGAUACAUGCUGGUCAUGGUGCCAGAGAGCGAAAACGUGUUGCAUGUUAAUCAGCCAUGCAGGUCAUGUGGAUGUGGUCAAGAUAAUAAUGGGCAGCCAACCUCAGGUCUUAUACAAUAUGAAAAGUUCCACAGAUGAAGAAGCAGCUACAGACAAUGCCUCACAACCUGUCCUUCAUCUCCCUGCUGCCCUCUGCCAUUUCCUGGAAUGCUUCGAACUCCUCUCUGGAAGAGGGUGAAGCCUGGCAAGCACCCACCUUCACUCGGGCAGCCCAGGUUCGCGUCAUUGCCACGUUUGUCCUUUUCACAUUUGCGGCAACAAGCAAUCUGGCGGUCCUCGUGAGUGUGCUGAGGGGCCGCGGCCGUCGGCAGUCUUCACACAUCCGUCCUCUUAUACUCAGCUUGGCACUUGCAGACCUCAUGAUGACCUUUGUGGUGAUGCCUUUGGAUGCAGUGUGGAACAUCACUGUUCAGUGGUAUGCAGGCGAUGCCCUCUGUAAGAUUCUCUGCUUCCUGAAGUUGUUUGCCAUGCACUCCUCUGCCUUCAUUUUAGUGGUCAUCAGCAUGGACCGGCGUAUAGCCAUCCUCCACCCACUGAGCUCUCUUGAUUCUGGGCGACGAAAUAAAAAGAUGCUUCUUGUGGCUUGGACUGCCAGCCUGCUCCUCGCCACCCCACAGCUGUUCAUCUUUGGAACGAUCAAGAUAGAAAAUGCUGAUUUCACACAAUGUGUGACACAUGGCAGCUUUGAGCACCACUGGCAGGAGACGCUCUACAACAUGUUCCAGUUUGUCACCCUCUAUGUCAUUCCCCUGCUUGUCAUGAUCUUCUGUUAUGCCAGGAUCCUCCUGGAGAUCAACCAUCAGAUGAAAAAGGACAAAGAGGACUCCAACUUGCGAAGGAGUGGCACAAACAAGAUUCCCAAGGCACGCAUGAAAACUCUCAAGAUGACCGUCAUCAUUGUGGCCUCAUUCAUAAUUUGCUGGACGCCGUACUACUUGCUCGGGAUUUGGUACUGGUUCUGCCCCCAGAUGCUGAGACACACCCCGGAGUACGUCAACCACAUCCUCUUCUUGUUUGGACACCUCAACACUUGCUCUGACCCUGUGAUCUACGGUCUUUACUCGCCGUCUUUCCGGGCCGACCUGGCAGCAUGUUUGAAUCGGCGGGUCAAAAGACUGCCCAAAAACGUAGUGAACCAGCUGGUGGAGGUGCAGCAACAGAGUGAGCACCGCAGGGUGCCAAGCCGGGCAGUCGCUGCAAUGGAUAACCAAAAUAAACUCUAAGGUUUUGC